GCUAUCUCCAACUGCGCGGGACCGAGCGAGGGGAAUGUUUCCAAAAAGGGCCUCUCUUCAUCUCGGUGAUGAGGGAAGGGCUUUCAUUAUUUAGUACGUGCCGUCUGUGACGUAUUUCCGGCCUGGCCGUUGAGGCCGGGGCCUAUGUACAAGUGGUUCUGUGAGACUCUGCGUUCUUGGGUAUCCUCACCUUCCUGUCACCGGGAUGUGGAGCCUCCUUUACCUCGACCGCGGAAGAGACGGUAUCGCAGUUCUCAGUCAUAUUUAGAAGAACCUGAUCAGGAGCAAGCAAAAAGACAAAAACUUGAUAUUUUUGGCAUACUAACUCAAGGAAUUGUCAGUCUGAUUAAGCUACCAUCCCACUUAACAGCUAAGUAUCUUAAAGCUGGAGAUCAAUAUGCUGAAACUACAAAAGAGUUUCUUUCAAAUGCUUCUGAUGCCUUGGCUGACAAGCAGAUGCAACCUAACUGUGAGAUGCAGGUGUGUAACUUUGAUAAAAAAGCAAGUUAUGGUACCUGUAUUCAUCCAGAUGUAGCACCUGACUUUCAUAUUCCUGUGACUUAUAUGAGAGAUGACUUUAGUUUCAAAAACAGUAAUAAGAAAAAUCAUAAUGUGCUUCAAGAGGAUUUGCGGCCAUGGAGACAUAUUACUCGCAGACAUUCAUUAGAAGCUUCUGCUUUAGAGACUGGAAGGUAUCUAAGGAAACCUCAUCAUACUGUGGAAGAGGCAAUUCAAAGACUGGAGCAAGAGAAAUACAAAGAACUACUCAAGCAAGAAAAAGAAAAGAGUCUUAAAAUUCACCCUUCUGGUGCAAUAGCAAAAUACCAUGAUAUCCAGGAUUAUGCCACUGGAUCCUUAAAGUUUGAUCUCAUCCCUUCAUCUGAAAUGCCAAGAAACGGAAUCAAAAACUUUGGUCACUUGGGCUCUAAAAAUGAUAUGGGCAGAUCAUUAGCAAUAGCAAAGAGAACAACAGAACAUGAAAAGGUAUUCGAACAGAAAAAAGAGAGGUCCAUGCAGCCUUUGAUGGGAAAUGAUCUAUCCGAAGAAGUAUCGCUUAGAUUAAGCCUGGUCCAGAAAGAAUCGUCAUGCAGAAGACGUUCUCUGGUUGAAAUAAGAGAAAAGUAUCUGAGUUUGGAAAAGGCUACAGAGUGCUUCCCUGAGUUUACAAAGGAUAUGGAAAAAGAGAUAGCAAAUGCUCUGAGCUAUGGUCAAGAUGAUGAGAUUUUGACUAGCGCCUUCAAGCUGAAUAUUACGCGAAGAGACAUUCAAACACUAAGAAACCAGCACUGGCUCAACGAUGUGGUCAUUAAUUUCUAUAUGAAUCUUCUGGUUGAGAGAAAUAAAAUGCAAAGAUUUCCAGUACUUUACGCUUUCAGUACUUUCUUCUAUUCCAAGCUAAGUUCUAUGGGUUAUAAUGCAGUAAAAAGAUGGACCAAAGAAGUUGACUUAUUCCAGCAUGACAUAAUCUUGGUGCCUAUUCAUAUCAGACUACAUUGGGCAUUAGUGGUUAUAGAUUUGAGGAGAAAAACUAUCAAAUAUUUUGAUUCAAUGGGACAAAAUGGCAUCAGGAUCUGCAUGAGAUUGUUACAAUAUCUGCAAGAGGAAAGUAAAGCAAAAAAAAACCUGGAUAUUAAUGUUUCGUCUUGGACACUUUACAGUAUGAAGCCUCAUGAAAUUCCGCAGCAAUUAAAUGGCAGUGACUGUGGAAUGUUUACUUGCAAAUUUGCAGAGUUUGUUUCUAGGGAUAAACCCAUUGCAUUUACACAGUUUCACAUGCCUUAUUAUCGAAAAAAAAUGGUAUGGGAAAUUCUUCAUCAGCAGUUGCUAUGAUGCCAGACCACUGUUAUCGUUCACGUGCAUAAAACACCAUCCGGUUAUACAAAUGACUUGUAUCCAUUUAAAGGCAAAGGUUCAAAAUACUCUCUUGGCUAAGCUUCAUUUCUAGAGAUGGGAGUUAUCCAGAAGUAUAAUAGAAGCUUUUCCUUGAAGAUUUCUUUCUUGAAGUUUUCUUUCCAAGGAGAAAAAAAAUUUGGAGGCAGGCAGGAAUCUGGCAGAGUAUUUUUAAGUAGACCGAUGCUUAGUUUUUGGAUGAAUAUGACCUAUGUGACAUGAAAAAGAAAUAUACAUAUAUUGCGAUUUUCCAAAGAAUGCCAGAUUGUCUAUGGUUUCAAUGCCGAUUGGAUUCAAACUUAUACCUGCUUAUAAGUAAUGCAAUUGUAGUUGUAGCUGAUUUGCCCAUUAAUUUUAACUGAUCUACUCCAAUCAAAAUACAAUUUGGACUCGCCCUUUGAUUGUAAGCAAAAAGCAUGCUUUUUGAGCUUUAUUUUUGAAGUUUUAUUGUAUACUUGUGUUGGGGCAUUUGGUCUGGAAUCUACGACUGUAUUUUGCAGGCAGUGAAAGGAGUGUGCUUACUCAUAGUAUGUUCCUGAGUUUAUAUUUUCAUAUAACUGGAUCUUAGUGAUACUGAAAAAUGGAAAAUUCUGUUUGAUUUGUAACAAAUCCAUUGUAAAAGCCCUAGGUGGGAAUUAUUCUUUAUUUAAAAAUUAAAAUGUUGUAUGAGACUAUUUAUUUGUAUUCUUGUAUGUGUUGGAUAUGUGUUGGAAUUUUAAGAUAGGUUAACUAAAAUGGAAAUAAACAUCUAGUAAAAAUGAUAUAAUUGAUGUGACUUUCAUUGCCUUUUCUGUUUUUCCAACUGUUUUAUGCUGCCAUGUAUGUAAUAUGGGUGAGGAAUAGCAAGAUUAAUGAUUUUCUGUUUCACAAUGACAGUCUUAAUUCCUUCAUUACUGUCAAGCUUUUUAGGCUAAAUGUUAAGUUUGUGCACAAUGUUAGGCUACUCACUUUAGAGCUGAGGCACAGAAAAACAAGCAUUCUCAUGCCACAUAAAGGAAGCUUUCUUUUAAUAAACACCUUACCAUGGAAUUAUGCUGUAACAAAUAAUUGCGGGCCGGUUAUAUAUACUGUUUUGAAAGCUUAAUCAUAACCUAUUUGUAAAGUAACAAAUCAUAAUUAUGGCUGCUUUCCAUUGCUUUGGAAAGUACAUAGUCCUCCACCUAUGACCACAAUUGAGCCCAGAAUUUAUGUUGCUAAGUGAAAAAUUUGUUAAGUGAGUUUUGAUCCAUUUUAUGACUUUUCUUGCCACAUUAAAUGAAUUGCUGCAGUAGUUAAAUUAGUAAUGCAGUUGUGUAGUGAAUCUGGCUUCCCCAUUGACUUGGCUUGUCAGAAGUUCACAGAAGAUGGUCUCAUGAUCCCAGGACACUGCAACCGUCAUAAAUAUGAAUCAGUUGUCAAGCAUCCAAAUGUAAAUCACAUGACUGGGGAUGCUGCAACAAUCAUAAGUGAAAAAUGGUCAUGUCACUUUUUUCGAUAGUGUUGUAACUUCAAACGGUCACUAAAUGAACAGUUGUAUGUUGACUACCUGUAAUAUUAGUUGCCCAGUUUUCUAUUUUCUAUGCAUGGUAUUUCACCUCACUUGCCUUAUAAUAGACUACAGUGGACAAUCAGCAAAUGGAGUUAAUAUUGAAGACCUGACUUCUGUUAAACAGAGAUGACAAUGCAGAUAUGUUUACAGGAAGUAACUUUAUUAUAAAGUAAAGCUGUGUCCUGGGCAGAAUUAAAUCUUUUACUGUAGAAUACAUCAGGAAUGGAACUGUGAUGAUUUGUGGGCCCUUGGUAAAAAUAUAUUCAAAGUUAAUUUAAAAAAACCUAUCCUCUCUAGAAAUAAAUUCUACUGGUGUGAUUAGCACUGGC